GUUUAAUAGAGGCCGUCACCCAAAAACAUUGCUGUGCCUCGCUCAGACUGCCACACUCCAGGAGAGAGGAGCUGGAAAGCCUGAAGCUGACUGUGGGGAACUCUGGAGGCCAUCUUAGCCCUGCUUAGAAGAGAGCUGCCAUGUGCACGGGGAAGUGUUCAAAGUGCAUUGGGAUCACGCUUUUCCCACUGGCAGUAUGUGCCAUUGUCUCCAACAUUCUCCUGUACUUCCCCAAUGGACAAGUACUGCAGCUCAGCGAGAUAACUGAUUUGGUUUGGUUUUUCCACGGCAUUCUGGGAGCUGGGAUACUGGUUAUUUUGCCGGCAUUCAUGAUGCUGGGAGCAGGUGGAGCAGGAUGUUGCGCUAACAGAUGUGGGAUGCUGCUGUCAGUGAUCCUGUCUGUGAUGGGAUUCGCAGGAGGAGCAUAUUGUGUGGUCAUCUCUUUGCUGGGGCUGAUUGGGGGUCCUCUGUGUGACACAGGUGAUGGAGAAUACCUCUACCCUUUCAGGAAUGACACUCUGGAAGAGAAUUAUUUGUUUAACCAGACAACAUGGACUAUUUGCAAACAACCUGAAAACAUCAUCCUUUGGAAUAUCGUCCUUUUCUCUAUUCUCCUGGUCAUCGGUGUGAUUGAAACUAUUCUUUGUUUCAUUCAAGUCAUCAAUGGACUCACUGGCUUCAUAUGUGGCACAUGUAUGAGGAGAAGAAAGACAAAUAUUUCUGGAAUGUGAAUGACCUACAAGGAAUGCCAAGACAAGCCCCAAAAUGCUGAUUCACAUACAAUAAGGAUAGUGCACUGUGCUGUUUUAUUUAUGGGGGGACGACAAAAAAAAACAAUGUUCAGGUGUUUUACAGGCAAAAUUAUUUUUUAUAAAGAAGUCAGGGUGGAAAAGGGCUAGAUCAUUUCAGUCUGAGACUCCACAUUUUCAUCUCUCUAAACAUACCUACUAAACCUCAGGAACUGGCAAAAACAUUAAUCUGUCUGGCCCUUACUGCUGUACUUGUGUAUAAAGCACAAGACAAAAGAUAAAAGAUCACCACUUGCCCUCUCAUGUGUGUGGGAAAUGGAGCUGUUGUUAAUUUAUCAGCUGCAUGAAGCAGGCGCUCUCUGGCUGAUGUAAAUAAUGUCCCGUGCUCCCCAAAUCUCACCAUGAGCUCACCUGUCUGUUCCUAUUAAUUUUUGAAUGGGGCACUCAGAGAUUUGCAUGAGGAUGAGCAGAGAGUGUAUUGAGCAGUGUUUGAGACACUGCAGAGGAAACUGAAGAACAUGGGUUUCAGCCUCUUUCUGCCAUCCUGGAGCCAGAUCCCCUUGCCAAAACUCAGGGCACUUCUAAAUCAGUUCUUCAGGAGCAUCUGAGAAUUGUGGCAGCCUUAGAGGAAAAUUAGGGUCACCACAGUAGGGUUUGCAACAAGACUUUAGAAAUGUCUGGUUUAACAAAAGGGUGAAGAACCUCACCACCAAUUUUGCCUUCAUGAAACUGCCUAUGAAUUUCACUAACUUCCACACAGGUCUGUAUGGCUGCCCUAGAAUAGAGCACAUGGAUCAAGGAAUUAACUCACCAAAGAUAAACAAAGAUAUAUGUAGUAAUUAUUUGCAGCUUAGUAAUAAAUAGAAGAUAUAAUCUGAAGGCAGUAAAUUGCAUCAGCUUUAGUUUUUUAGCAACAGCAAUAGCAAUCAAGAACUGCAUAAUUCCCUAUCAUCACUGAAGAGCAAACUCUUGAUCUUGAGCUAAUGUCCAUGACUGGGAAGUUUCAGGAAACUCAUCAUUCCAGUGACUUCCUUUCACGAUACAACACUUCCUCAAAGGUUAAUUCUUGGACAUGAACUGUCAGCCAAACCAUGAAAUAAUCUUUACCCAACCCAAAUGCAUAUAGGCAGCUAUGAAAACCUGAAUAUAUUUAAAGCACUUGGAGCCUAUUUUUCCUGAUUUCUGUUUUCUCAAAGUUGUUUGUAUUUAUGCACUGUAGCAUGGGAGCAAGUUCUUUAAAUACACUUAUUGCAGACAUAUGUGGCUGCUUGUGCUGUCCUUUAAUGCAACAUGCAAAAUGUUUCACAUUCUCCUUUAUAUAAAAUGGAGAUGAAAAGGCCAAUUGCCUAUUUGAGGAGCAUAUGCACCUUGGAGCAUAGUUUCACCCCCAGAAGGAGAAAAAUUAACCUGUAAAAUUUAAAUGCAACUUCUGUAAAGAAGAAAGCAUAAGACUUGUUGAAGUUUGCAAUCCAUCACUAGGUGCAUCCAAACCUGCCAGGUGGCUCAAAAAGCUCAUGUUCUUUGCCAGCAGUGAAGCAUGGACAGUGCAACCAUAGCAGACAGCAAACCAGGAAAAGAGUUAAAGAGGCAGUGGGAAGAAAGGAUAUUUGCAGGUAGUCAGCUGGAGAGAGGCUCCUUCAUCAGCACAGGGCCUCUGUGAACUCUUCAUGGUCCCUUAAUACCCACCCUUCCUCAUCCCUUAGUUUUGACUCCCUGACUCUCACCUCUGGGAUAAAGCCAACUUUGGCUGUGCUAGCACCAGGAGAGGAAGAUAUAGGCCGCUGGCACACCUCCAGCACAAAAAAAUAAGUGCCCUGUGCUGCUGCCAUCUGCUUGUUCCAGGCUGUCCUGCCCUGGGGAUGUCUGUGUACUCCUGGAAACACCCUCUGUCCUGCAUAUAAUUGUGUGACCACUGGCCUCACUGAUAUUUGUAAAUAUUAAAUAUUGCUAUUCUGAACUUA